UUGAAAUUAUUGUUUUGGUAAACAAAUAAAAUAGACUCUGACAGUUGCCAUUAAACAUAAAGAAAUAAGCUAGAAAUAAAAACAUUCUUCAGUUACGUUCUUCCAGAACCCAACAUGUCGACGAACUCGAAUGUUUUGGCUAUAGGAACAGAGGAGACCAGCGACAUGUUAAACAGGGUCUCGAUCUCAAGCAACCGAAGGGCUUAUUUUGAAUCAGAUUUCGAACAGCACUUACAGAAAAUUCUCCUGAACGGCGGAAAACCACUGAAAAGUUUACCUGACGAUAAAGCUGUCGAAAGAUUUGCUUCAAAUGAAAUUAAGAAAAACGGAUCCCAUUAUUACGAGUUUGGACCGGAGCUCAAAAUAAAUAGCUGGAUAAUAGAUGGACCUACAUUUGAACCCAAGGGUGUACUACGACGUGUUAAGGAUCGAAUAAGCAAGGACCAUUGGAUUAAAGAUAACGUUGCUAAGUAUACCAAGGACUCCAGAGACUUUAUACAAGCAACAGUAGGAAAUGCAUUACACGAGGAACAAAUUGAAAUCUAUCAAUAUCUAUGCUAUCUUAAUGGUAAUUUCAGUAAUAAGUAAUUUGUUAAUUAAUAAAAAAACAACUGUUAUUAAGUUCACCCUAUUUUAAAAACAUAUGUUUUUAACCAUUCACAUCUGGAUAUAAACAAAAAAUUUCCAUCACUAAUAUUGUGCUUUUAUGGUGAGCUUUCCGUUGAAAUUAUUGUUUUGGUAAACAAAUAAAAUAGACUCUGACAGUUGCCAUUAAACAUAAAGAAAUAAGCUAGAAAUAAAAACAUUCUUCAGUUACGUUCUUCCAGAACCCAACAUGUCGACGAACUCGAAUGUUUUGGCUAUAGGAACAGACGAGACCAGCGACAUGUUAAACAGGGUCUCGAUCUCAAGCAACCGAAGGGCUUAUUUUGAAUCAGAUUUCGAACAGCACUUACAGAAAAUUCUCCUGAACGGCGGAAAACCACUGAAAAGUUUACCUGACGAUAAAGCUGUCGAAAGAUUUGCAUCAAAUGAAAUAAAGAAAAACGGAUCCUAUUAUUACGAGUUUGGACCGAAGUUCAAAAUAUAUGGCUGGUUAACAAAUGGACCCACAUUUGAACCCAAGGGUGUACUACGACGCGUUAAGGAUCGAAUAAGCAAGGAACAUUGGAUUAAAGAUAACGUGGCUAAGUAUACCAAGGACUCCAGAGACUUUAUACAAGCAACAGUAGGAAAUGCAUUACACGAGGAACAAAUUGAAAUCUAUCAAUAUCUGUGCUAUCUUAAUGACAAUUUUAGUAAUAAGUAAUUUGUUAAUUAAUAAAAAAAAUAAAAUGUUUAAGUCCACUCUGUUUCAAACACAUGUUAUUAAACUUUUACAAGUAUUUUUAAACAAAAAAUAACCAUCACUAAUGAUGUGCUUUUAUUGUGAGCUUUCCGUUGACAUAAAAUUAAAUAAAAACCCAUAACGAAAUCAUACGUUACUGAAAUCACUAACCAUACUGUAUGGUAACCAUGUUGUAUGGUUAGUGCUGAAAUUCAACCAGAACCAAAUAUGGCGGAAAAAUCAAAUGUUUUGACUAUUGGAACCGACGACAUUGAACAUUCAGAUAGAACUAAAACAGGGACCCCAAGGAUCCGAAAAGAGUUUCUUGAUUCAGAAUUAGAGAAGCAUUUGCAAAAAAUUUUACUAGAUGAUAGGAAACCAUUUUCAACCGUUUAUGAAGACAAAUCAGUCGAAACGUUUUCUGCGAAAGAAACUAAGAAAAACGGACAACAAUAUUACGAAUUUGGUCCGGGUGAUAAGAUAAAUGGUUGGAUGAUCAAUGGUCCCACAUUUGAACCCAAGGGUGUUCUUAAACGUGUAAAGAAUCGAAUAAGUAAAGGUUUUUGGAUAACUGAAAACGUUGUCAAGUAUCCAAAAGACUCAAGAAAUUUUAUAAUCCAAACGGUUUCCAAUGCCUUAGAUGAAGAAAGUUCAGCUAUUUAUCAUUAUUUGUGUUAUCUGAAUGAAAAUACUAAACGCAAAUAAGCUUAAAAUCAUAUGUUAUUGGCCAAUCACCAUGGUUUAUAAACAACUUAAAUGCCAUCACUAACUUUAAGCUUUUAAUGUAAACUUUCUUUCUUUAGUAAACAAAUAAAAGAACUGUGGUCAUUUAAAAAUUA